AUGGUUAAAUACCAGAAUAUCAUUCCAUUAAGUGUCAAUUAUCACUUAACAAGAGCUUGUAACUACAAAUGUAAGUUUUGUUUUCAUAUGGCAAUUACAAGUGAUGUUCUUCCAUUAGUACAAUCGAAACGUGGAAUUAAAAUGCUCUAUGAUGCCGGUAUGAAGAAGAUCAAUUUUAGUGGUGGUGAACCAUUUUGUAUUCAACGAGGAAAUUUUGUUGGUGACUUAGUCAAAUUUUCAAAAGAACUUGGUUUAGCCACAAGCAUUGUUUCAAAUGGUAGCCUUACAUGGCAACAUCAUUAA